UUUUUAACGACUUCUCCAUCCAACAGAGAAGAUAAUUUCGGAAUCAAACCACAACAGACUUAGAGUAUGCAUACAGGUGAAAUCUAUAAGAAAGUUUCUCAUGUUUCAGUUUUAUCGCUCUCUAAGAAUGGUGGUGGGUCCAAAACUAAUUAUGAAUCGCAUAAGUUUGCAAAUACUCACGGUGGAGAACUUCAAAAGUUACUUACACUAAUUCUGUUCUUGAAUGAGUCCUUAAACAACACUUACUGUUUAAUGACUUCUCCAUCAGACGAAUAAGAUAAUUUCGGAAUCAAACCACAACAGACUUAGAGUAUGGUGA